GGCUUGGAGGGAACAAAUGAAUAAAGAAGGAAGCCGGUGAACUUCUGAUCUCCAGACUCCGUUUGUUAACAUGUUAUAACCUCACACACGAACCCAGCUCGGUCACAUUUAUAACUAAAUAAAAGGAAUAACGCUUCAGAAUGUCAACAUAGUGGAUGUUUAAAGAAGUCACACCUUCAGGGUGACAUGGUUACCGUGUUUCUAUCCCCGGAGAGGAGUCGACUUAAUGAAGAUAUUUACGGACGGUUUUAGUUUAUUUUUAAUUUUUUUUUAAAUUAUAGGAGAUCGGAUAAUUUAGUCGUGGAAAGCGAGCCUCUAAAACCGCCUCUGAAGGACCAACGAAGAAGAGACAGAGGAAGAAGAUUAGGAACCUUCGUGCUGCGACUGCGGGGGUCAGUCGGCGGUGUUUGAAGGGAGCACCGACGCGACCACUGGGGAAGCAGCCGUUGUAGCUCACAGACCCGCGAGGAAGAUGAGCACCAAACAGGUGACCUGCAGGUACUUCCUCCACGGCGUGUGCAGGGAGGGAAGCCACUGUCUGUUCUCUCACGACCCAAACAACAGUAAACCCUCCACCAUCUGCAAGUUCUACCAGAGAGGAGUGUGUGCCUACGGAGAGCGCUGCAGGUAUGACCACAUCAAAUCUUCAUCCAGAGGAGGAGGAGGAGGAGGAGGUGGAGGACUAGGAGGAGGAGGAGGAGGAGGAGGACUAGGAGGAGGAGGAGGAGGAGGAGGAGGAGGAGGAGGAGGUGGUGGAGGAGGAGGAGGACUAGGAGGAGGAGGAGCUCCAGAGGAUCACGCCGGUCUAGAAGGAGCUGGGGGCGGGACUUCAGUCAGAGGUGGACUGAAGAAGACGAUGGUCCUCAGAGAAAGAGUCCUGGCUGUAGACAGCAUGUUUGGGGGUCCACCAGACAGUCUGGGGCCAGAUGUUACGUCGGUUGCGGCUGCAUCUCCUCAUUCGUACGUUCAAGCCACCAGGACGGGUCUGGACCCUUCGGCACAGGAACAAGCAGCCCCUCCCCCCAUGGGCGGGGCUUACCAGGACCUUCCCCAGCUGUGCCCCUACGCCGCCGCCGGACACUGCUUCUAUGAGGAAAACUGUACCUACCUCCACGGCGACCUGUGUGAGGUGUGCGGGCUGCAUGUGCUCCACCCACACGACCCGGAGCAGAGGAGAGCGCACGAGAAGAUGUGCAUGCUGGCCUUUGAGGCCGACAUGGAGAAGGCGUUUGCAGCCCAGCUGAGUCAAGACAAGGUGUGUUCCAUCUGUAUGGAGCUGGUGGUGCAGAAGCUGAAUCCCUCAGACCGCCGGUUCGGCAUCCUGUCCUCCUGCUGUCACACCUUCUGUCUGGCCUGCAUCCGGCAGUGGCGCUGCACCAGAAACUUCAGCAACAAGAUCAUCAAGUCGUGUCCAGAGUGUCGAGUCGUCUCAGAGUUCGUCAUCCCCUCGGUCUACUGGGUGGAGGACCAGGACGAGAAGGACCACCUCAUAGACCUCUUCAAGUCCGGAGUCAGUAAGAAGUCCUGCAAGUACUUCGAUCAGGGUCGAGGUUCGUGUCCAUUCGGAGGGAAAUGUUUGUAUCUUCACGCCUUCCCAGACGGCACCCGAGCAGAACCGGACCGGCCCCGGAAGCAGCUGAGCUCCGAGGGGAACGUCCGGUUCAUGAACAGCGUCCGCCUCUGGGAUUUCAUCGAGGAGCGCGAGCAGCGGCCGGCCUCGUCCCUGGACGACGACAUCACGGAGAUGAGGGAGCUCUUCAUGCAGAUGUCGGGGCCGAGCAACGACGGGCCGGAGAGCCCCCCCGCCGCAGACCACUAGAGGGACCGGACCACGUUCCGGUCCAGGGUCCGACCCCCCCAUCGCCCCCCCCCCAUCCCCCCCGUUUGUGGAUCUCUUUUUUUUUUCUGGGGGGGAAAUAUUAAAUCAUGUGCUCACUCUGCAGCUCUCUGGUGUGUUUCAGUCUGGAAAACUAAAAUGUGUACACACGUUUUUGGUAAUUGGUUAAUGAUCUAUUGUUACCAUUUUAUUUAUUGUGUAAAUAAGUAAAUACUGAGUCUGUGUGAAGUCGUUCCGUGGUGUUGUUCCCUCCAUGUAGUCAGCGAGGUAUGUUGCUAUUCAGAUAUCCAAUCAGGACAUUGAUUAGUUAUUAAUUACAGUGCUCUAGAAGGGCCAUGUAGGUACACUAGGGUCAUCUUUCUGCUGAAUGUCCGGCCGCUAACCGGCUUCUUGUGAUUUUUUUUUAAUUUAAAUUAUGACGACUAUAUAACACAAUUUCCUCACGGUUAAAAAUAUAUUUUUAAUCUCCAGAUAAUGUAGAUUCAGAUUGUAAUCAAUUCAGACGUCUUUAAAAAAACACCGUGGUGCAACACACACACACACACACACACACUAGAGGUAAUUAUGAAAAAUACAUAAAAAAUGAAUACGUG